AUGGCUAAUAAUCCGGCACCAUAAAAUUUAUUCGGUAGCAAACCCCCUCAAAAUAAUAUGUUAUUCUCUGCUGCACCGGCAUAGCAAUAACCAAGUAAUAUUUUCGGCAACCCAUAACCAACACAACAAAAUACUAUGCUAUUUGGAUAACCAAAUAAUUAAACUCAACCAAUGAUGGGUGGAUUUGGAUAAAAUCCAAUAUUGGGAUAACCAACUUAAAAUCAGGGCAUCUUUGGGUAGCCAUAACCAGCAGCUCCAAAUUUAUUUGGCAAUACAUAGACUGGUUUUGGAUAAACUAAUUUAUUUUCUACAAACCCUUAGCCACAACAACCAGGUUUGAUGUAGAAUGGACUAUAAUAUCAGCAGCAAAAUUAGAUUCAAACUUUUAUUAAUGAUUCAAAUGCUUUUAAAGAUAAAUAUAAUUUAGUGACUCAAAAGAUCACAGAAACAGAAAAAAGCUUUGCCAAUCAACCAGCCUAAAAUUAAUAAUGGCAAUAAAUGAUCUAGCCAAUUUCACAGAUUGUCUUUCAAAUGGACACAAAAUCUGUGUUUGACACUUCUGAAUAAAUUUUAGCUGGUUAAAAGGAUUUGUCUAAAAAUUUAAAUGAAUACAUCUCUACUGUUGGAUUGGUAUAAAAAAUAACAGAGGAUGGAUUGGAAGUGUUAAAGAAAGAAGAGGCUCAAUGCAAUGAUUAUUAAAAAGCCUAACAAACAAUGAAGGAAUCAUACGAUUAAUUAUCUGGAACUGUUCGAAUUAAUUAAUAGUUUUCUGUUCCUCAAAAAUAUCAAGAACAAUUAAUUUUAUAAUAACACGAACAACUAGAACUAUUGACUAAUACUGUAGAUAAAAUGAUCAAAUAUUAUGAAAAAUAACCAAACAUGGAUGUAGAUGAAGCUUUAUAAUAUAAAUUAAUGCAUCUUUAAACUUUGUCCAAUUAUUAAUGUAUGCUUUCAUCAAGAAUAAGAAACAUUUAAGAAAAAAUAUCUACAUUUUAGGCUAAAACAUAUUCUUAGAUUAUGCCAGAUAAAAAAAUUGAGGAAUUUUACACCAUAGAUACACACAAAGAUAUGUUAGAUUAAAUUAUUGUUGAAAAAAUCUGA